AUGAAGUACACCUUGCUGCGCUCGCUGCGCUCACUGCGCCGCUUUCUUUGCUAUUCCUCUCCCAAGCAUCGUGGACCUGAUACCACAGCGGAGACGGACGUAGCAGAAGAAGCACUUCGACCGAAACCCUCUGCUAUAACGACAACUACUAUCCAGCCAAGCACUGCACCCAUUACCAGUGGCGUACAGAGGGAUGACAGCGUCCGAUCCAGAGUUUCUGUUUCUCCCCAGGCUUCCAAUUACAGUACACACACGGAGUCGACAUGCGCAUCAGAUUACGAAACAAGGGCAACAACUUUAUCAACCACUAUUGAUGACACUUCCCUGCUCCCCGAACAGCCCGCCAAGUCCACAAGUUUAGACAUAAUCACACCGUAUAUUCCAAUCCUGCAAGCAGAUGGUAGUCUGCGGGCCCCACAGCUGAGCUUCGAUGGCUAUGGCUCAUUCGGCGGCCGGUUCGCUCCUGAAUCAAUAAUGGGGUUCCUUUACGAGCUGACAUCAUUCUUCGAGGCCACGGUCUCUGAUCCCUCGUUCUGGACUGAAUAUGCCACGUUCCAGCGUGCCCCGACCCCACUAUACAAGGCUGCAAAGUUAACCAGCCUGACUGGCGGUGCUACCAUCUGGUUGAAGCGCGAAGAUCAGAAUGAAUACGGCACCCACAAGUCUCGCAACAUCAUCGGCCAGCUCCUCAUCGCUCGACGGAUGGGCCGCACGGAAAUCGUCACAGAUUGUGCGUCCGCCAAACACGGUACCUUCACCGCUGCAAUGUGCGCUCGGCUGGGAUUGCGUUGUGUCGUCGUCAUGGGUGCAGAUGACGCUAAUGCUCAGCAAGAGGACGUGCUUGAGAUGAAACUACUCGGAGCUAAGGUCUUGACAGCCUGCACGCCCUCCGGCAUGGGUAGUCUACGCGCGGCCAUCACAGAGGCUUUGCGCUAUUCCGUCUGCAACCACGAGUCUGCGUACUACCUCAUGGGUAGCCCAGUGGGGCCAAGUCCCCUGCCUACCCUGUCUCGCACGUUCCAAGCCCUUCUAGGCGAGGAGGUCGCAGCACAAAUGCAGGCUGCAGGUCGCCAGCCGGACGCGCUCGUCACCGCCGUUGGUAGCGGUAGCGGUGCAGUUGGGCUAUUCAGACCGUUCCUCCAGGACUUGUCUGUUCGGUUGGUUGGUGUGGAGGCUGCUCAGGCUGCUGCCUUGACAAAUGGUGAACUGGGGGUGCUUCAGGGUGCUCGCACGCUGCUGCUUCAGAGCGAGGAAGGCCAGAUUCUCGACUCACAUUCUAUCUCACCAGACAUGAACUUGUCCACAGUGGGUCCCGAGGUUGCUCAUUGGAAGGACUCUGGCCGAAUUGAAAUUUUUACGGCUACCGACGCGGAUGCCCUGGAUGGAUUUAAAACUCUUCAGCACCACGAGGGGAUCUUGUCUGGUUUGGACUCGAGUCACGCGGUGACAAGGACCCUAGAUCUCGCUAAGGAACUUGGUCCUGGUAAGAAUGUGGUUUUGAUGGUGACUGGAUGCGAUAACAUUGCCAUGCGUCAUGUAGAGGUUUGA